UGCGUGCCUCAGCCCACCACUUACACCCUCACAGCAGUCAUCACUCGUACACCAUCACACUGACACACGCUUGCACCGCAGACCAUAUGGAGUACUACAGCUUUCUCCUGCUUUGGAUCUACAGCCAGCAGCUGGGGUUCCACGACUGCUUUAACAUCGACACAAAGAAAUACAGGAUCAUUAAAGGCCCUAAACAAGCACAGUUUGGAUACACUGUUCAGCAACAUGUGGCUGCUGGAGGAGAAAAAUGGUUAUUAGUGGGUGCCCCGUAUGAAAUGAACGGUGCUUACCAGACGGGGGAUGUUUAUAAAUGCUCACUGAGCAAACGAACCAACGGCAACAAUUGUGCCAAGCUCAAUUUAGGAAGGAUAUCUCUGACAAACGUAUCAGAGCGAAAGGACAAGAUGAGACUGGGAAUGACGCUUACAUCUAACCCUAAAGACAACAGCUUUGUGGCCUGUGGACCAUUAUGGUCGUAUGAGUGUGGAAGCUCGUACUACAGCACUGGCAUAUGCUCCAGAGUCAAUGCAAGCUUCAAGUUCUCCAGAACAAUCGCCCCUGCCUUUCAGAGGUGUGAAACCUACAUGGACAUAGUGAUUGUUCUCGAUGGCUCAAACUCCAUCUAUCCCUGGUAUGAAGUGCAGGCUUUUCUCAUCAACAUUCUUCAGAAGUUCUACAUUGGGCCCGGGCAAAUACAGGUUGGAGUUGUGCAGUAUGGUGAGAAGGUUGUCCAUGAAUUCAAACUCAGUGACUACAAAUCAGUGGAGGAAGUAGUGAAAAGGGCACGCAGUAUCGACCAGCGGGGUGGUGAGGAGACCAACACAGCUCUUGGCAUCAACACAGCACGCUCACAAGCUUUCAAACACGGAGGACGACGUGGAGCCAAGAAGGUGAUGAUUGUGAUAACUGACGGAGAGUCACAUGACAGUGCUGAUCUCCAGCAAGCCAUUGAGGACAGUGAGAAGGACGGGAUCACCCGUUAUGCCAUUGCUGUUCUUGGCUACUACAACCGCAGAGGAAUCAACCCUGAGGCCUUCCUCAAUGAAAUCAAGUACAUUGCCAGCGAUCCAGAUGACAAACACUUCUUUAAUGUGACAGACGAGUCAGCGCUGAAGGAUAUUGUGGACGCACUCGGAGAGCGAAUCUUCAGUUUGGAAGGAACCAGUAAGAAUGGGACAGCGUUUGGCCUCCAGAUGUCUCAGGCUGGAUUUUCCGCUCACAGCCUUGAGGAUGGGACUCUGGUGGGUGCUGUUGGGGCUUAUGAUUGGAACGGAGCUGUAUUGAAGGAAACACGACAGGGGAAGGUGGUCCCUCCUAAGUUGUCCUACGCUCAGGAGUUUCCCGAGGAGCUCAAAAACCACGGUGCCUACUUGGGCUACACUGUGACGUCUGUGGUGUCAGCCAGAAAUGGCCGUCUGCUCGUAGCGGGUGCUCCGCGAUUUAACCACACCGGCAAAGUGAUCAUUUUCACACUCAAGAACUCGGGCAACCUCACCAUCCUCCAUUCCCUCAAAGGCCAGCAGAUUGGCUCCUAUUAUGGCAGUGAGAUUGCACCUGUGGAUAUUGACGGAGACGGUAUAACUGAUAACCUUCUGGUGUCAGCACCGAUGUUCUUCAGUGCAGGCUUGGAGAAAGGAAAGGUCUACAUCUACAGAGUCACAGAGCUGAAUCGUUUCUUCCUUGAAGGAUCGUUGGAAAUUCACAACGGUGUCCAGAACGCUCGCUUUGGCUCUUCCCUCGCUCCUGUCCCUGAUCUGAAUGGUGAUGGGUUCAAUGACUUGGUGGUGGGAGCUCCACUGGAAGAUGAGCAUAAAGGAGCCAUUUAUAUUUUCUUUAGCCAACAAAACAGAAUACUACGCAAAUAUAAACAGAGAAUAGCAGCUGCAGAUUUGGCUCCUGGCCUGCAGUACUUUGGCCGCAGUAUCCAUGGCGUAAUGGACAUGAACGAUGAUGGUUUAGUGGACCUAGCUGUAGGUUCCCUCGGUGCUGCUGUUCUACUUUGGUCCCAGAGCGUUGUUCGUAUUUAUACCACUGUGAGGUUUGAGCCCAGUAAGAUCAACAUCUUUGUGAAAGACUGCCAGAGAGGUGGCAAAGACGUGACCUGCAUGUCAGCCAUUGUAUGUUUCAACAUCACAGCCAGGACAGCCAUUUCUCCCACACAGGAAAUUGGGAUCAAGUACAAUGUCUCUAUCGCGGAGAAACGUUACAAUCCUCGGGCGAUGUUGGAUAACCCGAAUAAGAUGCAGCCUCAAAACUUGACCCUCCUUCCGGGAGAAGAGACCUGUGAACACAUCUACUUUCACGUCAUGGAAACGACAGACUACGCCAGACCCAUAGUGUUCACUGUACAAGUGGCACUACAAGAUCCAGAAAACGCACCAGUUCUAGAUGACAGCUGGCCUACUGUGGUGAAGACUGAGCUGCCCUUUUGGAACGGCUGUGAUGAAGACGAUCGCUGCAUCCCCGACCUGGCGCUGCAGAGCAUGAAUGACCUGAUGACUCCAAAACAGUUCUGUGCACAGUCCGUACAGUCUCGUGGUGCUUUCUGUCGCCGGCAAAGCGAAGGGGAGACGGAGGGAUCUCUGAGGGUGCUAGAGGCAACCAGGCGGAGGAUGGUGGUGGAUGUUCGGCUGGAGAACAAAGGAGAGAACGCAUACAACGCUCGCCUCAACAUCACCUACACACCCAAUCUGCACUUUUCUAGCCUCAUUGUCAAGGACAACUCAGACAUCAAAAUAGAGUGCUACAGUCAGGACAAACUGAGGAAUGAGAAGCUCUGCAAUGUCAGCGCACCCUUCAUGAGGGCCAAAACACAGGUAACAUUUCGCCUGGAGUUCGAAUUCAGUCGCACUACCUUCCUUGACCAUCUCCGGGUUAUCCUGGAGGCCAGCAGUGACGGUGAAGAAAAUAGCAAAGCCGAUAAUUUCAAUGAUAUCUAUUACUCGCUGAAGUACGAGGCAGACCUUCUCUUCACCAGGGAUUCUAAUCCGACUCGAUAUGAAAUCAAACCAGAACUGUCACUGGAGGAGCCAGGCAUCAUCGGUCCUCCUUUCAACUUCACCUUCCAAAUCCAGAAUCUUGGAUACUUUCCUGUAAAGGAUUUGCAGCUGAACAUUGAGAUCCCAGAAAUGACAAAAAACGGCAACCAGCUCCUUCAGAUAUCCGACUUCCAUAUUGACCAGAGAGAUGGUACGCACUGUUUACCACCUCAGCAUGUGGCACAGAGCAGGGCAUCACCUGAAGAUCUGUCACGCUUCUCCAGCUUGAACCGAUCCAACACACUAACUCUUCCAAUUCAAUGCACAGUCAAUGUGGCUUACUACAGAGACGUUGCCUUUAGAAUCACUGGAGCACUUAGAAUAGAUACUUUACACGCACUGAAGUUUAAAAUCCUGGAACUGGUGACCAGUGCAUCAGUGGAGCUCCCCUCCUCCAGCCCCAUGUUUUUACAUGAAGAGAGGCCUGUCAGACAUAUAAUACUGGAGAUCAGGAAGGAGGGAGAUUACAGAAUUCCUACUUGGAUUAUCAUUGGAAGCACGCUGGGAGGACUCUUAUUGUUAGCCCUGCUCAGCCUCGCUCUAUGGAAACUUGGAUUUUUCCAAAGGCAAAAGAGAAGAGAAGAGGAUGAGCAGGAGGUCAACGGCAAAGUGACAGAAGAGCGAUAACGCAGGCUGAGGGCCCCCAGCAGACACCCUUUCCACAGGGGACCCGACACUCAGGGACCAAUCCGCCUCCCCCCACCCGCUCCCUACCGCUGCAGUGGCACCACGUACACAGCUCCACACGAUCAUUAUUGCUGAAGAAAGGCUUUUUCAGUGCACUGGAUCUUUCCUGCGCCACAACCCCUGACCCCCAACAAUCAGCACUGUCACACUCACUUAGCAUUCCUGCACUGUUGCGACAUUAAGGCCUUCUUUGUCUAUGUCUUCCACUGGCCUGGAUGUCAUCUCUUCAGAGAUCUUGGAGCUCUAAUUGCGUCGGUUUCUGGCCGGAGCUCUGGUGGUUUUUCUGUCCGUUUUCUACAGAAGAAUAGAGCCACUUUCAGUCGAUCUGUUUCAAGAUUUUCAGGCCACUAUUUGCAUUUGAGGCAAAUGUUAGCUAGUCAUUCCUUUGUCUUUUCCUGAUGUGUAGGCUAUUUAUUUAACUCCUAUGGUAAAGUACAUGAAAAAAAAAAACCUCAAGGGUGUUUUCCCACCCAAAAGCUACAACAAAAUGUAAAGCUUUUAUACUGUAUAUUAAAAAUUCCAAGUUUAAGAAAUUUUUCUGCCAUGUAUUCAGUCAAUUUGCGUAAUAAUUUAUGACGACAGAAAACUGAACUAAAGUCACCAGAGAACGAAGAAGAUUCGUGAUGUUUAACUUUUAGAGACUUUUCUUAAUCCUUGGAGAAGAAUCCUCUAAAUGCAUCAUCUCUUAAGAGUUCAUUCGUUUUAAGAUUAACAUCCUGGGAAUCAUGCAGGGUGAUUUUUAAAACAUUUGAUGCACUUUUUACCUUGUAUAAAAUUAACUUGAAUUUUGUAAAUAGUCAGUUAGCUUUUUUUAUAUCCUUUCAGUACUAUAAUGGUUUUCUGACAGUUUUCAGUGUGGUUCAUGGCAUUAUUAUUAUUAUUUUUUUUUAAGUUCAGUAAGUCGGCUUUGUUUCACUGAACCGGUUACAAUACGAGACAGCUGCGUGCCUUUUAACAUGCACUGCAUCAGAGCAAAGGGUGUGCUUAUAAUAUUAAUGGGAUUUUUUUUUUUUUUUUUUUUUUUUUUUUACAUUUGAAGCAAUUCUUAACAGAAAUGUAAGUAAAUGAUAAUCAGAAGCCGUAAACAUGAGUCCAGCGAUUGCACAAUGUCUGGAAUUUUUUUUUCUUUGAAUAAGUGUGAAGACCUGUAAUAUGCCUACAAAUAAAACGAUAUAGGUCUAUGAGUGUCUUUUUCACAAGUAUCUGAGGGCUUUCAGCUGCAUAGAAACAGGCCUCAACAAACAUGAGUCACCAUUUGUGAGAUUCCAAUUCUUCACAUACAGAAAGGAAGAACAGAAGCUGGGAUUGACGAAUAAGAGAGACAAAAAAGUAAAUAGACAUCCAUCUGUUCAUUUUCUUCUGUUCAUCCGAUUCAGUGCUGCGGGAGCACUGGAGUCUAUCACAGUUGUCAAAGGGCAAAAGCCAGGAAGUAGAUGGCAGGGCAUCAAUAGACAUAUUAAAUCUUUUUUCUGAGCAUCACAGUUGAAGGAAUAUGAUCCUGACACAAGGAAAGCCUUUACCAACUUCACAUUAAAACAUGUUUUUAUUUCCGAGCCUUAUAAUUAAACUGUUAACGACUAAAUGAACAGACUGUUUGCUGUGUUUUCAAACAUGACUUGUUUACUGCAGUUUUACUGGUGGAAAUAAACCUU